CUUACCAUACAACGUCAAACGUGAUGGGAUCUCUACGAACUGAAUAUCACGCGAUUGCGUGCAAUCGCGUGCCAAAUUGCGUUCAAUGGGGGAAAAAUGGCCAGAUUGCCAUCGGUACUUCAAACUCGGUAGCGAUAACAAAAAUUUCUAUUGAUGGGAUGCUUCCAAUGUCCUUCGUACUAAGUGGUCACAAGGAUCGAGUCAAUUGUGUAAGGUGGAUAGAGUCCAGCGAAUCAGACCAUGGGCAAGUCCAGGACUUAGACGAGGAACUUGUAUCUGGGUCAACUGAUGGUGCUCUUAUUCUCUGGCGUGGGUCAGUUAGUGAGCAGCUUGCUCUAUCAAGUUUCUUGUCUGGCCACACUGGAUCUGUGACAGCAGUAGAUGCCAUUGCCAUUCCAACCUCCUCUGAAUCUGGCUUCACACACAGAACUCUGAUUGUCAGUGCAUCCACUGACUCCACUGUCAGGAUAUGGGAGAGGAGAGAAAGAAAGGAGCAAGGAGGAACAGAAGGAAGAGGAGGAGGAGCAGAAGGAGAGCUUGUGUUUGUGGAGAAGCAGUGCAUUUCAUUUGGAUCGGGCUUUGCUGUGGAUGUGGCAAUGACAGUCAUCAGUAGCGGCAAUGUUCCCCUGCUAGCUGUGGGUGGCGAUGACUGCAAGGUGCACUUAUACACAGAGUCCAAUGGUGUCUUCACCAGAGUACAGAGUCUUUCUGGUCACGAGGACUGGAUUAGAGGACUGGAUUUCACGCAUGAUGAUGAUGGUGAUAUUCUCUUAGCGUCAUGUGCCCAAGAUUGCUUCAUCAGGGUGUGGAGGAUAUCAGCAAGCAGACUCAAAGCUGCUCAAGAUACAGAGAUCCAACUCAAGAAGAAUACCUUCACCGUGUUUCAUCAAGUUUCAGAGCAGAGGUAUGCUGUGAGCCUGGAGUCUGUAUUAGCUGGUCAUGAGCAGUGGAUCUAUGCAGUACACUGGCAAAAGCCAUCCAGGAAGGGAAAUGGUAAAUAUCACCAGCCUUUGUGCCUAUUGUCAGCCUCGAUGGACAAGACCAUGAUUAUCUGGAGGUUUGAUGACCAAAAUGCAAUGUGGAUCGACGAGGUUCGAGUGGGAGAAGUAGGAGGUAAUACCCUGGGGCUGUAUGGCUGUCAGUUUAGCCCGGAUGGUGAGGCUAUCCUAUCACAUGGCUACCAGGGUGCUUUCCAUCUCUGGACCAAGGAGGGUCCAAGCUCGUGGAGUCCGUCAGAGGUGGUCAGCGGUCACUACUCAGGCGUCCAGGACCUAGCUUGGAACCCUGAUGGGAAUUUCUUGUUGAGUGUAGGCCUGGACCAGACCACUAGGCUACAUGCAGUGUGGAGGCGAGACGGCAAGGAGUCAUGGCAUGAGAUAGCUCGUCCCCAGAUCCAUGGUUACGACAUGCAUUGCUUAGCUAUGAUUGGACCUCACUCAUUUGUUUCAGGAGCUGAUGAAAAGGUUCUCAGAGUUUUUGAGGCACCAACCAACUUUCUUAACAACUUGACCAAGAUAUCUGGGGUUGACACAUCAUCAGUUAAGGCAUUACAGGAGACCAAGAAUCUAGCGGAGGGUGCCAGUGUACCAGCUUUGGGACUGUCUAACAAGGCUGUUUACCAGGGAGAGGGGGGUAUGCCUAGCGUGGACAGAGAGAUCCAUCAUCCUAGCGAGCAGUACACCGAGAUUUACUUUGCACCGGUUGCUUUGGAGAGCCCUCCAACUGAAGAUCACCUGCUACAAAACACCCUGUGGCCAGAGACUCAGAAGCUGUAUGGACAUGGUAAUGAAAUCUUCAGCGUUGCUGCUCAUCCCUCAGGAAACAUCAUUGCAUCAGCAUGCAAGGCAGCUAAGCCAGAGCACGCAGCUAUCAUCUUGUGGGAUUCAUCGUCUUGGCAACAGAAAGGUCAACUGAUGGCUCACUCGCUGACGGUCACUCAGCUUGCGUUCUCUCAUGAUGGCCGCUAUCUGCUCGGAGUGUCCAGGGACAGGACUUGGUCUCUCUUUGAAGAAGUCCAGAGUGAAGAUAAUCCAUAUCGGCUGAUAGCACACACCGAUAAGAAGACAUCAGUACAUUCGCGUAUCAUCUGGGCAUGCUCUUGGUCACAUGAUAGUCAAUUUUUUGCUACAUCCUCCAGAGAUAAGAAGGUCAUUGUGUGGGGUAAGAAGACAAGCGUGGAUGAGGACCAAGGUGACGCCGGUCCUCUUGGACAGUACGGAGCUAUGUCCAAGCCGCUGGACGUUGGUGAUUCUGCCACAGCUAUAGACUUUGCCAGACAACUCACAACAAAUGGAAGCUACAUCCUGGCUGUUGGUGUAGAAUCAGGAUCAAUAUCAGUCCAUUCAUGGCAUCCUUCCCAGCCAACUGCAUGGACGUGUCUCGUAUCCUUACCUAAACACUCGGGUCACACCAUGACUGUUAAACGAUUGAGCUGGAGACCAACAAGUAGAAGUCAGCCUGGUGAAUCCAGUCAGAACCGGUUCCAACUGGCUAGCUGCAGUUCAGACGGGAGUGUGCGGAUACACAUGUUCGAUAGCCUGUCGUGACAUGAUUCCUCCUCCUUGAAAGCGUAGAAACUGAAGGGCUACAAGUUUAUAGACACUAUUUUGACAUUAUUGUGGCACUAUGGGCCAUGGCUUUCACGAGCAUAAUAGCGCCAUGUGAGUUGGUCAGCAGUAGAUUUAGUACUUACAUUUUAAUAGUAUAUCCCCCCCCACACACACACACACAAUCGGUAUGUUUCCAUCAGCUCAAGAUUGCCAAAUAGCCUGCUAUUUCUGAUUUGGG